UGACUGUUCAAAAUGGCAGACGUCAAUUUUAAAGUGUUUUAUAGUUUCUGUCUUUUCCUCUGGGUCCUGGGUAUAGCCAGAGGGAAUAGCAUCUAUAACAAGGCUACAGUGUACAUGAAGAAUGGUAAAGCAUCACUACAAAUGGGAGUAGCAGAUCCCAAAGGCGCUGCUUACGGUUACUUCAAGGAUGGUUUACAAACAUCAGGUUGGGGAAUACUGGACAUCAAAGCUGGAUAUGGGCAGAAUGUAACCUCUGAAGAGUUUAUGUUUGCUGCUGGGUACAUUGAAGCAGCAUUAACAUUUAAGCACAUCCACAACCAUUUCAUCAAUGUCAAUGAGGGAUUCAUUUUACCAGGCAGAGAAAACAAAACCCUUGAGAAACUGAAGACAUUCAUGUAUAGCCAAGACAAAUGGACGAGAAAGAUGAUUAGUUCCAUGGGUGGGAAGGACCCAUACUGGAGACAUGUUUCAUAUGUUCAAGCUCAAUUCGAUGGACUUGUUCAAGGAUAUAUUGAUAAUGCUAAGGCUGGCCAGAAGCUAGAUGAUGUGAAAUAUGCAAUGCUGUUGCUGAAUGGUGUAGGGGACUUGAUAGAUCUCUUGGCAGGUUGGCAGCCAGCUGACUUCUGGAGUAUGACCUCUGAAGAAAUGAAUUCAUAUUUCAUCUCACAUAGCCACUGUUCUGCACUUGUUAAGGUGAUGGGUGCCUAUGAGAAUAUCUUCAUGUCCCAUUCUAGCUGGUUCCUCUACAGUGCAACCAACAGGAUAUACAAGCAUUACGACUUCAACCUCCCUGACACAGCAGCCAAACAGAUGUCAUUCUCAAGUUACCCAGGUUUCCUGGAGUCACUGGAUGAUUUCUACUUGCUAUCCAGCAAGCUUGUGAUGUUACAGACAACCACAGUAAUCUUCAACACAAGUCUCUACCAGUAUAUAGUACCAGAGAGUCUCUUAGCCUGGCAAAGGGUUAGGGUGGCCAACAUGAUGGCACACAGUGGGGCAGAAUGGGCUCAGGCCUUUAAGCAGUACAACUCUGGAACAUACAACAAUCAGUAUAUGAUAGUUGACCUGAAGAAGGUCCACCUAAACGAAGCCAUUGAUGAUGGUGCUCUAUGGGUGAUUGAACAGAUUCCUACCUUAGUAGAGGCUGGGGACCAGACAGCUAUACUACGUGCAGGUUAUUGGCCUUCAUACAAUGUGCCAUUCUAUGAGAAAAUCUACAAUAUGAGUGACUAUGCCAAAGCAGUGGAGAAGUUUGGAGACAUGUACAGCUACCAACUUGCUCCUAGAGCCAAAAUAUUCCGACGGGACCAGGGAUCUGUUAAGGACUUGAAGUCUAUGAAACAUAUCAUGAGAUAUAAUGAUUAUCAGCAUGAUCCCUAUGCCGGUGGAGACCCCUGUGGAGCUAUAUGUUGCCGUGGUGACCUUAAUGCUAAGAACCCAAGACCUUCAGGCUGUUAUGACACAAAGGUGGCUGACUACAAUAUGGCAAUGUCAAGAACAGCUUCUAUCAUAAAUGGGCCAACUCUGGGUACAGGACUUAAACCAUUCUCUUGGGUAGGAGGCUUUAACAAGACAGUGCAUGUAGGACUACCUCAGAAAUAUAACUUCCCGUUCAUAGAAACUAAACCAUCCCUCUAGAUGUCUGUAUCAUUGCAAUAUUGGAGAUUUUGGAUUGUAAUCUCAAUGACUCUUACCUGAGAUACUUUCACAUCUGCUAGUAAAAAUCCCCUCUAGCUUUGACAAAUGAUUCUUAUAAGGUCUUUAUUAUAAACGAUCUCAAAUGGACCUUCUAUAGCCUUUUAUGGGACAAAUGGGACCAGGAAUACAGAAGGAGUAAUAGCUACCUAUAAACAGGAAAUGUAGGAUAGAUAUUCUGUAUAUUCUGAAUUAACAGGUACAUAUGUUUAUAGUUAUGUAUUUCUAUCCUGAAGAGUGCAGAUGCCAUCAAUGUCUUGAGAAGGAUAUAAUAUUUAGGUUUUGCAGUGUAAUAUCUUUCAUCAAACUUUGUAAUCUCAAAGCCACCAAAGUGGUCACAAUUUCUUUUAUUCAAAGAUAUGAAAUAGAAGGUAAAGAAGGCUUAAGAUUGUUGCUAUAUGGAUGCAGUUAUGGAUACCAUUCCAUUAAAAAUAUAUUGUAUUUUUACCUGUUUGUUUAGUGCGUAUGUUGUAUUAUUUUUGCAUUUUUAAACCAAAACAAUAUGUAGUAGUUAGCAGAGUAUGUGAGUAGUUACUAGUGUAUGCCAUAUCAAGUGCACAUGUAUUUGAUUGCUCAAUUUAAGAAUGAUAUCCUCUGUGCCACAAUCUUGAUUAAUCACAGAUACAUGUACAUAUUCUCAGAUGCCAUUUUGAAACAGAGCUUUAAAUUGUGUGUAAUGAUAUAUCAAACCAAGGUUGGUAUUGAACAUUCAAUAAUCAAUGAUUUUUGUGAGAGGCUAUUUUGCCAGCCGUUCACAUCAUAUAUAUAGGCUACAGUAUACAACAAUUAUUGUUGCAUAUUUGUAAAAAAUGAUUAAUUUGUGAAACUGCAGUUAUUGAUAUUAUACACACCAUUAAUCAUGAUGUACAAAAUAACUCUUUUCGACUUUGUGCAUAUUCAAUAAAUAUAUCCUUUAUCACAUA